AUGAGGUUUUUUGGUUUUUGGAUGCAAAAUGGAAAGAGUCCAAAAUUUCAUCCAACGACUUCUACACAAUUUAUCUACAUCUACGACCAGUGUUUGGAACAUCAUACGCUUUUAAAACCAUCAUACCAAUUUGGCAUAUUAACAUUAAGGUAG